GGCGCGCUAUUUGAAAAAUGGCGGCAAGUGAGACGAUCUUGUCAUCUUGGAAAACGCCGUUUUCUACGCCAAUAAGGAAGAACGAAAACACUUGCCGAGAUAUUUUUCAUAAUUCUGAAAAGCUUCUGGCUUCAGCUGUAUCGAUCUGUCGGUUAAAAGGGAGCGUUGAGUGCCAAACUGGCGGGGUGAUUACAGUGUGCGAAGAAUUACAAAGGCUCAUUCGUUUGGCUUUCUCUGGUAAGAAAAUACUCACCUUGUUUCUUUCUUCAGCUAAAGUUUAAAAUUUUCGCUUCCUUACAAUCAAUCAAUCAAUCACUCUUUAUUGCUCCUAAGAUAAAAAGACAUAUCUUAAGUUACAUCAGCAGUUAGGAGUCUAAAAAUACAUAAGACAUACCAUAUAAAAUAGUAGAAAGAUCAAAGAUUAUAUUUUAAGAUAAGCCUAAUUACAAAAACAUUCUAAAAUCUGUCAGUCUUUAUAUUCGGGCGAUGAGCACUUUUGUUUCUGAGUUGGUACUUUGUUUCUUUCUUCUUCGGAAUGAUGUUACUUAGCGGGCGAUCGGGAUCCACUGAACGUGCCUUGAAAAUCUUCUUAUCUGCCUUUUCUAAAAGUUCUCGAAUGUCCAUUCUCUUAGAUGUGAAUUUCCUUUUAAAGCACCUGUCCAUAAAGUUUUGUAUGAAUAAAUAAACGCCAUAAACAAGCAGACCAUCGGUGAAAUUUGGCAAAACUAAGGCGCUAAAUAGGUGGUCUACUUCACCUUGACUGAAACCUUCCUUCCGUAAAGAUUUUAAUACAAACAGACACUUAUUUGCCUUAAUCAACUUAGCACGUACGUGUUCGCUAUAUUUACAAUUCUCCUGAAACUUAACACCUAAAAUGGGCAGCUUCGUGCAUUGCAGAAUGUUAUUUCCCUUUUCUCAAACGAUCCAUUAGUACAGACAUCUCGAGGUUACAAACUUUUUGUUGAUCUUAUAUUCAGUAGUUUACCUUUGCUCACACAGUUUACCAUGAUGGUCUCUUAUGUAACCGUUUACAACAACUCCUUAGGUUGUAAAUUCGCGAGAGAAGCUGCCGGUAGAGGGAACCGGUACUCCUAUCUAAUAGAGAUAGGGUGAUUGUCUAGAAUGUGGAAGGGAACUCUUAAAGGUUCUCAGAGUAGUUCCAACAACAUGUAGGCUUCAACUAGAUUUUCAUCAAAAUUUUUAUACCUGGGAAUAGAAAAUUCGACCAUUAAAAGUAACUGGCCAGAGUGAUGUUUAAUACUUUUCACCUCACUAGUACUAUGAUGAUGCCACCAGAUAAUUUUGAUAUAUGAGUUUCCUAUUCUGUUGGAGAAAAGAGUGAUAGAAAAGCUUUACAUGGAGUAAUACAGUACAACUGUUGAGCAUACCUUCAUUAUUUAUUUAUUACAUAUAUUAUUGUAUUAUUAUUUAAAUUAUUAUACUAUUUAUAUUUGUGUUAGUUAUUACCUUUAUUAUUUACUCACAGGGGCACCUGUGAAAAAUUGUUUGUUUGGCAUUUAGCUGGAGAAGCUUGUGAGGUUGACUCUUAAAUGAUUGCAAAGGAGAAGUUUCAGUUACUAUUUUCAAUACUUAAAUACUUAAAAUGAUUACUCCAGUCAUGGUUCCCUCUUGGAAUAAGUGUAACACCUGUCACUUAAAAAGAAAGUUUUUCUUUUGUUGUUCAAGGUGUAACUCUCAAUUUAAUUGUAAUUAUAUAUUUGGUUCAUUUAUUUCACAGAAGUAAAACACCUGGAAGAACAUUUUGAUUCCCAGAGAAGCAGCUUUGAGGAUGAAAUAGCUUGCCUGAAAGAACGAGUAAAACAUCUUGAAGAGGUUGAUGGCUGCAAUAAAGAAAAUGGCAGCAACAAUAACUGUGAAGAAACCACUGAAAAUCCCCUUUUGUAAGUAGACUAUGAUUAAAUAAUUAUGGUUCAAAUAUGGCUUCAAUUUAACCCUUUUACACACUAACAUUAGUAUUCAUAUUCUCCACACUGAUCUCUCUACAUUUCCUGUGACAAUGAUUGGGAGAAUUUGUUUGACAAUCAGAAGCUUCUUGAAUUGGUGAUAAUUUCCAUUAUUCUCAUGACCCUUACAUUGAAUUAAAGAGUGAUACGAAGAGGAGCACCUAGUAGCAAGUCACUCCUAUGGGGUUUAACAAGGGGUUAAAGAACCAAAGUGAGCAAUGGAGUGUAUGAAUGCACCAAUGAUCACUGGAAACAAUUAUAAACUAACAUGUUAGUUCAUCACAAAAUUGUUCCUGCAAGUGCUACACUUGAAAUUAAGGUUAUCACCAUCCUAUGGAGACCUUUGCUGUGAGUUUGUAUGACAGUAACCUCAGUUUGCUUUGAUGGUCAUACUAACCACCAUGAAGUUUAUGCCACCAGUCAGCUUGUUUACCAUUUAAUGAUUGCUGAUGAUGACUGAAGAAAAAAAAAUGAUUUUCUUCAAAAGUAAUAAUCUAUUUGAUGAUACAAACUUUAAACCAUUUGCACCAUUCUAAAAGUUAAACAACAGUAGAAUUAAUUAUAUGAGCUCCAUUGUUUUCAAAUCAGCAGGAGCAAGUCAGUUUUAAGAGGAAAUGAUGGAAACAUGGAAGACAGUGAUCCAAAUCCUUUUGAGUCUGGCAGUACUGAUGGCAAAGAUGUUUCAGUAAUUGGUGCUUUGAAUAAGCCUCCUGAACAGCAGGCAUCUAAGUUUCCAAAAGAAGCUAAGAAAGGGAACUUGAAAAAAUGCUCCAAGAAAUUGCCAUUCAAGAAAACUGGUAGUUCUUCUGAUGAAGCAGAUGAAGUUGGAAGCUCUCACAACCAGAAUCUACCUUCAAAGAUUGCUGAGAAAAUGGAAAAUGAAGAUGUUGUGGCUAAAGAGAAAUCUGAAGCUGUGAUACUGGAAUGCAAGGUAAAGUUGAAGGACAUCUCUGAAAAAGACAGAAAGAAGAAGGGAUUCCGAAGUAAGGCAUUGUUGGAAAAUUCCAUCAAGGAGUCUGAAGAUUCCACAAGUAAUGUGAAUCACUUGGCAGACAGCAAAAAUGUUAAGAAAGGAAAGAAGAAGAGCCCAGUUGGUAAAGAUGAAUCAGAAGUUUUUCAAGCAAAAAGCUCUGGAGAGGUCAUUUUUCCUGCAGCAGCUAGAAAGAAAUCAAGAGGAAAGAAAAGCAAGCCGUCACCUGUACAAGAAAAUUCACAAAGAAAGAAGCUUUCUAGUACCAAAAAGUCAAAGUCAGGCUAUGAUGAUAUGGCACCAGAGCCUGGGGAGGAUGAAAUGGAAGGAAAAUCUGAAGCAAAGGAAGAAAGUUCUCAGAAGGAACCAGAGAUCUUCACUAUUCAUGAGAUGACAAGCUCCAAUGAGAAAUCCUCAGAGAGAGAAUUCUGGACCAGGGAAGACAAAGAUGAACCACUUGGUGACAUGAGUUUUCUCAUCAACAUCAACUCUCAAAUCUCCAUGUUUGUCGCUGAUGCUUCACAACAGGAAUGUGAGUUGCAGCCCAUGACUGCCAGGGAACGCAAUGACGUGUACAAAGUCACUCAGCUGUAUAAAGUGCGUGCAAGGAUUGGAACCAAGACUGAAAACAACCUGACAACAGUGCGCCUGUCCAAGCAAGCUGAAACAAGAAUGCCAAAACCUGGCAGAGUUGACAGCUUACUGAGUAACCUAAGUAUAAUGGCAUGUAAAGAAGCAACAAGGGAAAGCCCUAAGAAUCAUGGAAAGAGAAAGCACACUUCUCCUAUUGAUGGAAAUAUGCAAUCUACAGCUGAAGACCAUCUUGAGCAAGCUACACCUCCAAAGAAGAAACUUACCGAGCUUUCCAAGGCCAAUUAUUAA